GCAUCAAUAUCUGACGGUAAGUAAGAUGCAAUAAAUCAUGCAACCCCACCGCCAAACACAUUAUUCAUUAAGACCAACCGUAUGUCAUAUCCUACAAAAUUGGCAAACAAACAAAGAAUUCACACUCCCAAUUUCCUUAGUAGUGUUUGUCGUUGCUCUCUCUCUCUCUGUCUGAAGGUGUGUUGUGAAUCACGCAGUCACGUAUGAGCAAAACCACCGGUCCAAGUCAACCCUUUACACUUCCUUAUAUCCUAAUAACUAACUCAUAGUAUAUAUUACCUCCUUUGAUCUUAUAACCCUUCCCAUUCUUCUCGUGUAUCCUCCACAUCUCUUUCUUUUUUUUCUUUCUUUCUUUCUAACACUUGCUUGUUAUAUAUAUCAUCCCCUCCUAGGUUCUUCCGUUUUUGUAGCUGGGGUUUAUACCCUUUGAGGUUUGAAAGGAAACCCAAGUGAAGGUAGAAAGAAUGAGGAAGCCUAGUUGUGAUAUCAAAGACUUGAACAAAGGAGCUUGGUCCAAACAAGAAGACCAGAAACUUAUUGAUUAUAUCAAGAAACAUGGUGAAGUUUGUUGGCGUACACUACCUCAGGCUGCAGGUUUACAUCGGUGUGGUAAGAGUUGUAGGCUGAGAUGGAUAAACUAUCUACGCCCAGACCUUAAAAGAGGCAACUUUGCUGAAGAUGAAGAAGAUCUCAUCAUCAAGCUUCAUGCGCUGCUAGGCAACCGGUGGUCACUAAUAGCUGGGAGAUUGCCUGGACGUACAGAUAAUGAAGUGAAGAACUAUUGGAAUUCUCAUAUAAGAAGAAAGCUUAUUAGCAAAGGCAUUGACCCAAAUAAUCAUAGAUUGAACCAUACAACCCCUUCUUCCCUUCAGAAUUCACUCAUGUCUGAUGAUAGUUCAAAAGCCUUUAGUAUGAAAGACACUAAUAAGAACGAGACAAGUAAAUUACCUCGUGUCUACAACCAUGUUGAAGUUUCAGAUGCUGCAAGUGGUGAGGCUGAGUCACCGUGUGCAUUGCCCGAUUUAAACCUUGAUCUCUCUAUUACCAAUCCUUCAGCUUCACAAAGUAUUUCUGGAAACAAUGUAAAACCAUUUCAUGAAUCUAACUCGUCGAGGAAAGUGCAAUUUGAUUCCCCUUCUACACUUCUUCUGUUUCAGUAAUUAAUUAAUCAACAUCGAUCUUGGCUUGAAUAUGGUGAUUCAGCAACUCGUCAUAUGUGGAGGCGCAAGUGUGUUGUGAUCAUAAUAUUUUGAGAUCUUACCGACCAAGAAAAGGACUUAGCUUGUGUUUCAUUUUGAAGAAUGAAAGCCCUCAACUAGCUAGUUGCAAUAUAUAUAUAUAUAUAUAUAUAUAUAUAGUUGGCAAACAUUAAUUGCUGCUAUCUUGCAACCGAUCAGUACUCACAAAUUCUUGAGAGUGAAAAUGAGAAGGGUAUAUAUCUCUAUGGAAAAUCCAAUUAUUAGCAAUUAGAUUGAAUGCACUGAAACGUAAUUGUAGAAAUAUAUAAUUUCCUCGUGUUGGUCCUGAACAAGUGAGGAUCAUUUUAAUGAAGAGUUCUAUGUACAAUAUGUUUGCUACAGAUUUGGCAGCUAUAUAUAUUGUGGUGUUAGAAAAAAUGGAAAUACUGAAUAUAUAUGUA